GUUCCAGGGGGGUUCUGGUAUCAUGGAGCUGCUUGGUUAAUCUCAGGGCUCAGCGCAGCGCCCCCCGCUGGGCACCAAUCAGCUUACAGCUCAGUAAGUGGAUCAGCCGGGGUUCUGCUGGCUGAACCGGGCUUAGGCACCAAAACAACCUCACUGGCCGAUCAUCUCAUCACGGAACCACCAGAACCGGGUCCAGGUACCAGUCAGGAUCAUUGGCAGGUUCUGGUCUCUAUGGUCCGGCUCUCUGGGCUGAACUCUGCGCAGUUUCUGGUUCCUUUAAGGUUCUGGAACCGUUCAAGUCUGAAGGAACCAGUACUGGUUCCAGAACCGUUCUAGACUCUGGUUCUGGUUCUGGUCCAGUCUUAUUUUGUCCCAUCUUUGGUCUUGCCUGGUUCUGGUUCUGUUUCAGUCAACAUCUGGACCUGGUUCUGGACUAUCUUUGGUUUCUUUAUCUGGAACCGGUUUGACUUUGGUUCUGGUCCAUGUUGGACUCUCAUCCAUCUCCGGUUCUGGUUCUGGAGUCCAGUUCUUGCCUGCCUUUGAGUUCUGUUUGGUUUUGGCCUUCUCGGAUCCUGGCCCGGUCCUGGUGGUAUUUCAGACCAGUCCAGAACCUGGUCCAUGGUGGUGAAUCAUUGUUCUGGUGAUCAGGUGACCUGCUGUAAUGAACCGGACCUUUCUGUCUGAAGGGAGAAAGUUCUGUGGAGUUCUGGGCCGGUUUUGGUUCUGCUUUGUUCUGGUUGAUCCGAUCCAUUGUGAUGUAAUCUCCAGUCUUUGUGUUGCUGUUUCUCCUUCCCCUUAAUCCCAUUAUCCAAUAAAAGAUGUCUGGUUGGGCCGGUUCUGGGGGGAUUACAGUCUGGACGGGUCCGAUUAUAGAAAACUCACCGCUUUGUUUUAGACUUGAUCAUCAGCAGGAAUCAGUGUGACCUUUGACCUGCUUGGCAUCACGUUUAUCCAUGUUGACGUCUGAUUUCUGGUGUUUUGGGGUCAAAGGUUAAAAACUGAUGAAUUCAUAGAGUCACCGAGUUUUUUCAGAACUUUUCAGAACUUUUAAUCUCACAUCAGCAGAAUCUGUUUCUCAACCUUCAGUUUCUGCCUGAGUAAAGUUCCAGUUUGCUUCAUUCAGAAAAGAAAACUGAAACAUCUUCGGUGUUCUGGAGCUGAUGGGACUCCCUCUGGGCGGUUCCGACCCGUCGGGCCGGCUGCCUCUGACAGUCAUCCACUCCAGCAGCUUAACAAAUAGGAUUAAAGUGGAGAGGAAGAAAUCUCCCGCUGCAGCAGCAAAGUCCCAUCUGCUCACCUGACAGCAAGAAGCUGCCGCCGUCGGCACGUCCUGCACGACCCGUCCGACCCGUCCUGGUUCUGAUUGUUCUGCCAUGAGAUCCGGAGGAGCUAUGAGCAGGUGGAGGUGAGGAGCAGCGGCGACCCGAUAGGAGGAGAAAAUGGCCCGGAGGAGCGUGGUUCUGUGGACGCUGGGGGCCGUGCUGCUGUCCGGGCUGCUGUGCACCGAGACGGGUGAGUGGAGGUUCUAAAGGUUCUGGAGGUCCAACUGGAGGUUCUGGAGAUCCAACUGGAGGUUCUGGGUGGAAACUUCAGCUUUUCAAUUGCAGGAAAAUUGUUGAAUUUUCCUGCAGAAUUUGACUUUUCUGAAUCAAAGGUUCUGGUGAUUUUCUUCCAGUUGAUUUUCUUCAGAACCUCCAGAACCAAACAUUCACUGUUUUUAUUGGACCUUUUACGUUUUGGACUGUGCUGGUCCAAUUCUGAGAUGCAUUCUGGGUUUUAAUCAACAGAAAAGUUUUAUUUAUUAUCAUAAAGAGAAGAAACGUCUUCGGUUCUGGUUGACCCGAAGCAGAGGAACCGUUCUGGUCAGAACGUCUUCCUGCGGUUUUAUUCUGGAGGUCGGGUCAAUGUUUCCUGUUUUCCUUUCCCAUCCAGAUCCCAGUCGGGACCUGGCGGAUUCGGACCCGCUGUCCUUCAGAAAGCACUCGGUUCUGAUCCGAAGGAAGAGGAACUUGCUGUUUCCCAGCGGAGUGAAGCUCUGCUCCCAGGAGACGUUCGACCAGGCCGUCUCCAACCACCUCCACUUCUUCCACCUCAGAGUGUGCCAGGAGACCGUGUGGGAGGCCUUCAAGAUCUUCUGGGACCGACUCCCGGACCGGGACGAGUACCAGGCCUGGGUCAACCGCUGCAUUGACGGAUCAGUCAGCAUCAAGGACAUCGGCAGCUUCUUCAGCCAAUCAGAGGAGCAUCAGAGCCUCAUCAGGAGCAGAGUUGAACUGGCUGCUGCCUUGAACAGGUCGGCACCGCCUGUCCAGACUGACCCACCCGCCGUUUGGACUCUACCAGGAGACAACAGUGCCGUCUUUGGAUCAGAAGCUAUUACAGUCCGUCAGCAGGAGCUUUCUCCAGUCACCUCUUGGACUCCAUCGCUGUCUGCAACCGAAGCUCCACUUAAAGACGCUGCGGCGACUUCUCCUGAGGAUUUAACCGCUGACCCUGCUGCUGACGCCGUGCCAGAAGACUCUAAUGAUAUCCAGGAAACUGUACCGAUUAUUACUUCACAGAGUCCGGCCGAGGUCGUCAGAAACGUUCUAAAUGUUGGAGUCACUUCAGAGGAGACUGUAGAGAUGAUCACGGAUGUUUAUCACCCGGUUACACACCAGCCUGUUGACCCGGUGGGUCAGGAGAUCGGGACUGAUGUCGGCAGAGCAGAAGAAGAAGAACAGCUUCUUGAAAUUACUACUGAAGAGUUGAACAGUGUGUCUGUAGUAAUACCAGAGGAUGAGCAACUAUCAACACAGCUGGUUGCUCAAGAAAUCCUCACAGAACCUGCGGUUGUGGUUCUUCCAAAGCCCACCACGCCCCCUACUGUAGAAGCCUUCACUCCAAUUGUCACUCCUGUUGUAGUUGAAGACACGACUGGAACAACUGCUAGGAGUUUGGUUAGCCCCAUCCAGGAGGAAAUCCUGGAUAACUCUUUAGGUCCCAUCCCUGAUGUUACUUUGACUGAGACACCUAGAGAGGCUGUACAGGAAUCCAUUGUUGAAACUGCAGUUGUUGCGCCUGAAACUGAUGUUUCUUCAGGUUCUGAUGGUGAGGUAGAUACGCCACAGGUAGAUGAUCCAUCAGAGGCAGCAGUAGAUGUUAGCCAAGAAGAGAUCAGCAAAGAGACGACACCAACUGUGUUUCUGAUGGUAAAGUCUGAAGACGAGACGGAAAUCAACGAGAUUCCAGAGCAAGAAUCAGACAUAGCCGUUCCCUCUCAGGCCUCCAUCCCAAUGACUACCAGCAAGAUGGAGGAAGUAAGACAAACUACUGAGAUGACAGUCAAACCUCUACUUAUUGUAGAAGGAGAGACUUUUCAAGAAAUCCCAACAAUAUGGACAAUGACACCUGAGGAAACUACCAAAGAAACUGUUCUUGUUUCAACAUCAACACCAGAGCCUGUGAUAGAGGUGGAAACAAAACCUGGAAGUACUGUUAUACUUACAGAAGGUAAUAUGGUGGAAGGAGAAACAGAGGCUGGUGCUAAAAAAGGAGGUUUUCAGACAGACGAGACCACUAUCAAGGGAACAGAUUCAUCAGAAGAGCAGCCGGAACCAUUGGACAAGAAGUUCAUUGAAGAGGAACCAGGGACGGAAUCUACAGGUGGUUCUGUUGAACCUAAAACAUCUGCAGAACCCAAAGAACAAGGUGGACAAGACAUUAUAGAAGAACCAGCACCCAGAGAAGAAACUGCACAUGAACCAGAACCUGCAGGAGAAGCAGUACAGGAAGGAGAACCUCCAGGAAGUGUUUCAAGGGAACCAGAAAUGGUAGAAAAAACAGCAGAAGAUAAAACAGAACCAGGUGAUGACACAGAACCUGCAGAAGACCGGAUGGUUGAGAGACCGGCACAUGACCUGUCACUCAAGUUAGAAACUCUUGAGAGAGCAGAACCUGCAACAGAGUUGACUUUCACAGGAGAAAUUACAGAACUACCCUCAGAACCAACAGAUCAGAAAGUAGUCAAAGAACAAAGAACAGACCUUACUGGAGAUUCAGCACCAGAACCUGAGGCCACAGGCGGACCAGUCCAAGAAAUAAGCUCCAUGUUAGGGACAAAACAAAAAGCAGAACCGACCACAAAACCACCAGAAGAGACAGAGCCAACUCCAGAAAUGGAAAUCACAGAAACGGUGGAAGCAAAAGCAACAGAACCCACAGUUCAGUUUCCACAACCCACAGCAGAACCAACACCAGAUAUGGUCAUAGAACCAAUAAAGGAAGCGGAAGAAAAAACAGAAGCUGCUGGAGAUCUAGAAAAGAAAUCUGAAGAACCAGAACCAACCACUAAACCACAAGAACCCAAACUUGAAACUGAAACCAUAGAAAAAACAGUUGAAGCAAAAUCCCCUGAACCAUCACAGGUUCCAGAAUUUACCACAGAGCCUUCACAAGAAAUAUAUCCCAUCAUCCAUCAAGAGAAAGAAGAAGAAGACUCUACAAGACAAUUGGUAGAAGAGGAUUCAGACGUAAAACUGAAACAAGAACCAGUGCAAGAACCUGACUCAACACAGAAACCAGGCCAAGAACCCGAACAAACUAAAGAAUCAACUCAAGAAAGAGAACCAACCAUUGAACCCACAGAAGAAACAACCAAAGAUGAAAGACCUCAACCCACAAGAGAUCCAGAAAAGACAACAGACUCCUCCACAGAGACAGCAAAAGGAGCAGAACCCACCAAAGAACCCGCUCCAGAAGCAGAGGCUGUGGAAGAACCGCCCAGAGCCUUUGAGAAACCAACACAAGGUUCUUUACCCAUAGAAAAAUCAGUUCAAGAGGUUGGACUCAUUAAAGAAACAACACAUGAAACCAAAUUAACCCUUAAACCAGCUCAAGAAAUGGACCACACAGAAGAACCAACUAAAACAGAACCUACAAGAGAACCAGGCCCCAAAGUAGAAACUGCUGAAGAACUUCUACACAAAACAAAACUUGAACAAGGAGUCAAAGAAACUCCAGCAUCCACUGAACACCCAGCAUUAGUGCCAGAACCAACUGAUUUUAAAGAUACCUCUGAAGAGGCAGUAAAAAUACCACCAGCAAAACCUACUGGAGAACCAACUAAAGAAUUGGAACCUCCCAUAGGAGCAGUAUACAAGGAAGAACCUACCAGAGAACCACCACAAGAAUCAGAACCAGGUAAAGAUACAAAACUGGGAGAGGAAGUCCCCAAGGAAUCUGUACCAGAAACAGAAGUCCCCCAAGAGACUGAGACAACAGCAGAACCAACAAGACAACCAGCGCCAGGUGAACCUGUAGGAGAACCUUCUGGUAAAAUAGAACCAACAGAAGGACUUGAAGAGACUGAAUCUCAUUUAAGACUUGAUGAAGAUGAAGCUGGUGUUCUUCCAACAACUUCAGAUGCAGCAGGGGAACCGUUUAAGGUUGUAGACGACAGAACCUUUAAGACGUCAGAUAAAGCAGCCGAAGAAACAACAGGUGUUCCAGAGGAGUUGUUAGUACCACAGACCCCUGAAAGAGAAGUGAGUCCUGUAACUAUCGAAGAAGACUCAAAAGAGUUACCUGUGACUGAGUUGGAGGGAACUAUUGGGCAAGACAUAGUGGCUGGAUCUCCAUAUGGUUCUGAAGGCGAAACCAUCAAAGAAACUACUUCCCAUGUGGUUGAACCUGCGAUCAAAGUGACUGAAAAUGUUCUUGAAGCUGAAGAACCCAGUGAAACACCUACAGAAGUUGUUACCAGAGACUUUCUAGUGACACUAUCAGAAGAAGGGUCCAUCAAGCUUCCUUCUGAGGAAACUGUCAAGACUGUCGUCCCUGAGGAACGUCAUCCUGGGGAAACAACCAAGACUGUUGUUCCUGAAGAAACGGUGGAGACUGCCAUCCCUGAGGAAACUGUCAAGACUGUCGUUCCUGAGGAAACAACCAAGUCUGUCAUCCCUGAAGAAUCGGUGGAGGCUGUAGUCCCUGAGAAAACAACCGAGAUUGUCGUUUCUGAAGAAACAACCAAGACUGUCGUCCCUGAAGAAACGGUGGAGACUGUCGUCCCUGAAGAAACGGUGGAGACUGUCGUCCCUGAAGAAACGGUGGAGACUGUCGUCCCUGAAGACACAACCAAGACUGUCGUCCCUGAAGACACAACCAAGACUGUCGUCCCUGAAGACACAACCAAGACUGUCGUCCCUGAAGAAACGGUGGAGACUGUCGUCCCUGAAGACACAACCAAGACUGUCGUCCCUGAAGAAACGGUGGAGACUGUCGUCCCUGAAGACACAACCAAGACUGUCAUCCCUGAAGAAACGGUGGAGACUGUCGUCCCUGAAGAAACAACCAAGACUGUCAUCCCUGACGGAACAACGGAGAUUGUUGUCCCUGAAGAAACAGUGGAGACUGUCGUCCCUGAAGAAACAACCAAGACUGUCGUCCCUGAAGGAACAACGGAGAUUGUUGUCCCUGAAGAAACAGUGGAGACUGUCGGCCCUGAUGAAACAACCAAGACUGUCGUCCCUGAAGGAACAACGGAGAUUGUUGUCCCUGAAGAAACAGUGGAGACUGUCGGCCCUGAUGAAACAACCAAGACUGUCGUCCCUGAAGACACAACCAAGACUGUUGUCCCUGAAGAAACAGUGGAGACUGUCGUCCCUGAAGACACAACCAAGACUGUCAUCCCUGAGGAAACAACCAAGACUGUCAUCCCUGAGGAAAUAACCAAGACUGUCGUCCAUGAAGGAACAACUGAGACUGUCGUCCCUGAGGAAACAACCGAGACUGUCGUCCCUGAAGAAACAACCAAGACUGUCGUCCCUGAGGAAACAACCAAGACUGUCGUCCCUGAAGGAACAAUGGAGACUGUAGUCCCUGAAGGAACAACCAAAACUGUAGUCCCUGAGGAAACAACCAAGACUGUCAUCCCUGAGGAAAUAACCAAGACUGUCGUCCAUGAAGGAACAACUGAGACUGUCGUCCCUGAGGAAACAACCGAGACUGUCGUCCCUGAGGAAACAACCGAGACUGUCGUCCCUGAAGGAACAAUGGAGACUGUAGUCCCUGAAGGAACAACCGAGACUGUCGUCCCUGAAGGAACAACGGAGAUUGUUGUCCCUGAAGAAACGGUGGAGACUGUCAUCCCUGAGGAAACAACCGAGACUGUCGUCCCUGAGGAAACAACCGAGACUGUCGUCCCUGAAGGAACAAUGGAGACUGUUGUCCCUGAGGAAACAACCGAGACUGUCGUCCCUGAAGGAACAACCGAGACUGUCGUCCCUGAAGGAACAAUGGAGACUGUCGUCCCUGAAGGAACAAUGGAGACUGUUGUCCCUGAAGGAACAACCGAGACUGUCGUCCCUGAAGGAACAACAGAGACUGUCGUCCCUGAAGGAACAACCGAGACUGUCGUCCCUGAAGGAACAACCGAGACUGUCGUCCCUGAAGGAACAACCGAGACUGUCGUCCCUGAAGGAACAACCGAGACUGUCGUCCCUGAGGAAACAACCGAGACUGUCGUCCCUGAAGGAACAACCGAGACUGUCGUCCCUGAAGGAACAACGGAGACUGUCGUCCCUGAAGGAACAACCGAGACUGUCGUCCCUGAGGAAACAACCAAGACUGUCGUCCCUGAAGAAUUGGUGGAGACUGUUGUCCCAGAGAAACGUCCCUCUGAGGAUAAGGUUUUACCAAGAGAGAACGGUACCCUAAUGGUUCUCCCACCAGCUAACGAAGCUCCAGAUGUAGCAGAGGAAACUACAGUAGAAACAUCAACAGUGGGACCUACCGAGGAGGCAACCACUCAGUCCACAACACACUCUCCUAAGUAUGUAGUGGAAACCAACAAUGGAAACUUUCCGGAUGUACCAGUCCGACCCUACGUAGAACAAGACAUCUUUUUGGGGAACAAUGACUUUGUGGAGGAGGAAGAGGAUGAUAACUCGAUUGGUAAUGAGAUAGACGGCACUCUGCUGCGACCCCCGCGGCCCCUGAAGGAGUACGUGGUGGAGCAGCGGAUCAAACUGAAGGGAGAAACCUUCAGCAACGCUCUGAGAGACACCAGCAGCUUCCAGUACCAGCAGCUGGCCAAGCAGUUCAAACGCAGGGUUGAAGACGUCUUCGACAGGCUGCCAGGCUUCAAGAGCCUUGACAUAAUUGAAUUCAGGCCUCAGAAGGACCUGCAGCGGGGUCUGGUGGUGCAGGUCCACUACGCCAUCACUCUGGACCUGGAGGUGGACAGCGGUGGGGUCUCCAGCGACACUCUGGACUUCAUCACUCUGCAGAAUAAUCAGGUGGAGCGGAGCUACGUUGGAGCUGCUGAGCAGCCCACCGUCAUCUACACAAUCACUGAUUUCCGUAACUACAUCACCGAAGCUCUGCACAAAGACAACGUCCUGGCCAACGGCAGCCUGGAACAUGCAGGGAACGCUCCUCCUGUGAAACCUACAAGUAAACCGGAUGAAGCUUACAACAACAUGGAUAACAUUCUGGCUGCAGAGAAACCUCCCGAUGCGCCGAUCCAUGAGCCAGACACCAGCGAGGUUUUCCUGAAGAAGGAGGACUUCCUGUUUGACACCAGGGACCAGUGGAAAGGUCCACACAGUAAGGAAGUGAGUGAAAACGACGUCUUCUUAUUCGAUGAAAGUACAACAGCACCACAGACCGUUAAAGUCCAAAAGACUGUUGACCUGGAGCCAAUAACUAAAGACGAGGGUGGAAACAUUGAAGGUGAGGGAUUCCUCCUCACUACGUCUCCCAGCGCUGUGGAUGAUCACCAGACGGUCGUUCCUGAAGGAUCAGCAGUCACUUCACCUCCAAAACCCUCUGAGGUCACGUUUGAUCACGGAUCUGGAUCUGGUUUCUCUGGAGAUGGUCAGGAUUCUUCUCUCUGGUCUUGGGAGGCUUCAGAAACACCUGACAUCACCUAUGACCGGGGGGUCGACAGCCAUGAAGUCCUACCACCACCUGACCUGGAGAUGGACACGGAUGAUGAUGUGGAACCAGUAACCUCUGAAACGGCUGAUGUUUUACUGGUGACAACCCCCAGGUCUGGUGACUCUCACACCCAGGAACCUCUGGUUGGUGUCUUUGUGACGCCACUGAGCACAGACACACCAGACUUCACCACACCUCAACUUCUGCUACCUUCAACUGAGGCAGCCAUGACUGUGGACCUUUCUGUUCAAACAGUGGAAGCAUCUGGUUUCCAUGACGACUAUUCUCUGAUUGAGCCUCAGACCCAAACAGUUCCUGUUACAUCCUCUAAAACCUGGACUCCAACUGAUUCUGGCACCAGGCAUCAAACUGAAAGCAUGGAGGAAGGGAUGAUGGGGGUCACUGCGUCAGAUAUCCUAGAGAUGAAAAGUGAAGAGGUUAUUGUGCUUGAUUUACCAAAAGCCCAGACUGAAGCUCCUCUCAGUCUGGACCUGCCUGCAUUUGUUGAAGUUCAGGGGGUCACAUUUGGUGAACUCAGCGGUGAAACAGCCGCUGCUGGUCCAGAACAGCCUCAGGUCCUGACUGAGAGACCUGAGCCGCCCCUCCCAGAAACAAGAGCACCCAGUGAGGUUGAGGUUUUGGAGGAGCAGCAUUUAGGAACCACUCACUCCACCACGACAGCACCCUCUACUGGAGGUCUGGACCAGGACCUGGCUGUGGAUGAAGUCAUUGUUGUCACUACAACCACAGCAACUCCAGUCCCAACUUUACCCCCAGCCUUGGAGCACAGCGCUGCGCUCUCCCCUGAAAAGGAGUCGCCUUUCACUCGAGUCUCUGAUUCAGUGCCAGAAGAUGAGGACCUCUUUCACCACGAGCAUCAAAACCACGACGAGGUCACUGAUGUUUCCACAAGCUCUGGUUCUUCAGACGUUUUUCAGUCGACACCAGCAGAAAAGACUCCAACUGAUCCUGGACAGGGAUCGCUGGGUGCUUCAGAGCAACACAUGGAGACAACCGGACCUUCAGGACCUCCUACAAUGACAAGUGAACCUUCUGAGGGAAUUGUAAAACCUUUGGAUGAGGAAGAUUGGCCUGUUAAACAUGAAGAACCUCCAAAAGACAAAGCUGACCCUCUGGACAAUGCCGGAGUCAAACCUCAUGGAGUGGAAAGCAAAGUAGAAUCCUCAGAAACUGAAACUGUGCCAGUGAAGAGUGAAGCUUCUGGUGGAGACGAGCAAACUCCUCUGGAGGAUUUAGAGUCUACAUCACUGGCAGAACAACCCAGUUCUCCCAGUUCUCCCAGCGUCUUCUCCCAGGGAGCUGGAGAAGACCCUGACUCUCCAAAAGGAGAAAGUGUGGAAGUGCAACCUUCAGGACAGGAACUGGAGACCUCUAGACCUGAAGAAGAAUUUCAACCUGCUGAAGAACAAAAAGAACAUUUUGGGGGAAUGGUAGAACCUUUAGGAGAACCUGAACCUAUAGAAAUAAAAGUAGAACCUUCUGGAGAAGUAGAAGUAACUCCAGAAGAGAAAAUUCAACCUUCUGGAAAAGGAACCGAGUCUCCAGUUGUGCAUGUGGAGCCUUCUGAAGGACAUUCUGAAGAGGUGCAAGUGUCACCUUCUGGAGAAGUAAAGAAAGAAGAGGAAGGAGAACGUUCUGGAAAGGAAGUGGCUCCUUCACAUGGGAACGUGGAACCAGAACCUUCCAGAGAAGUAGUCACUGCUCUCCUUCCAACACCGUCUUCCUCACAACCCAACGUUAACGACAGCUCUUCUGUCCUCAACCUUGGCUACGACUUCUCUGACAUGCCGAGUAUCGAUGUGAGCAUCGACCUGUUCCAGUACGGCUCUGGGGAAGCUGAUGGCGGAAGCGGUGGCUUCUCCAGUGAAGCUCGGGGUUCAGACCUUGAAGCUUUUCCUUUGCCGGGCCGGCCGGGCAGAGCUCUGACCGUGUUCUUCAGCUUGAGGGUCACCAACAUGGCGUUCUCCAGGAACCUGUUCAACAAAAGCUCCUCAGAGUACAAAUCUCUAGAACAACAGUUCAUACAGCUGCUGGUCCCGUACCUCCAGUCCAAUCUGAACAACUUCCAGAACCUGGAGAUCCUGAACUUCAGAAACGGCAGCAUUGUUGUAAACAGCAGAAUGCGUUUUGGCAAACCGGUUCCCAAAGAGGUCACCAACAUCAUCUACCUGAUUCUGGAGGACUUUGCCAACACGGCCUACCACACCAUGAACCUGGCCAUCGACAAAUACUCACUGGAUGUUGAAUCAGGUGACCGGGCCGAUCCCUGCAAGUUCCAGGCCUGUAACGAGUUUUCCAAGUGCAUGGUGAACCAGUGGUCUGGAGAGGCAGAGUGUGUGUGUGAUCCUGGAUAUCUGAGCAUCGACGGCCUGCCGUGUCAGAGCGUCUGUGACGCUCAGCACAACUUCUGCCUCAACGACGGCAAAUGUGACAUCAUUCCUGGCAAGGGCGCCAUCUGCAGGUGUCGUGUUGGGGAGAACUGGUGGUACCGCGGUGAGCACUGUGAGGAGUACGUCUCUGAGCCGCUGGUGGUCGGCAUCGCCAUCGCCUCGGUGGUCGGCUUCCUGUUGGUGGCUGGAGGAAUCAUCUUCUUCCUGGCCAGAACGCUCAGAGAGCAGUAUGACGGUGAAGACUCAGAGGAUCCACUCAGACGGCAUGAAAGCGUUCCAACUUUGGAGCGAGCCACCAAGUUCAACCCGAUGUUUGAGAGCGACCCGGUCUCUGCUCAGUACUACCGGCGCUACGAAGACAGCCUGCCCCAGUACCACCAGUGCUGCGACUCCACCCUGAACCAGUGCUGCUCCAAAGAACUGACCAGUGAAGAACUACAGAACAUCUGCCAGAACACGGCUCUCUCCAAAGAGGAGAUCCAGGAGCGUCUCAGAAUAAUCGAGUUGUGCUCCAGAGAUCAGCGCUUUGCAGACUUUGUCCGGCAAACGCAAGUAUUCCUGGAGAGGAGAGGAAGCUCCACAACGUAGCGUCCAGGCAGCCGCAGACCUCCAGAAACCAGCCCACGUCUUUAACUGGAGGAGGAAGACCAGUCCAUCAUGAUGCUGCUGUUCGCUGAGCUGGAGGUGACCAGAUGCUGGCAGAUGUUGGAGUUUAUUUUUUCGCCCUGAAGUGAACUUGAUUUUUGAUUCCGUUCUGUGUUUUUGUAUCCUGACGUCUUGUUUUGAAGGAACACUUUGAUUUCUGAUCUUUGCUCGCUGGACAUUACCUCUGUCCUACACAUUCUGCCAGACUUCCUGUCCAGCUUGGAUCGAAGGGUUUCUGGUUGCAUCCUGACCUCCUGGUCGCCACCCGGGCCUGUCUCUGGUCUAAUCCUGGACGCCGGUGACCGGCAGCGUUUCUCCCUCUGGUGCCUUCACUGUCCUGUUAGCUCUUCUGGGAUGUGAUGCAAACAGAGCCCUCGAUCAAAAGCAACUUUGACAUAAAUCCACAACACCAAACAUCAUCAACCUCCUGCUUUUUCUACUGCUUUCUCAUCACUGAUGUUUACAUUUCUGUAGUAGAGGUAGAGCUUUACUCUGACUCCAUGAAAUGAUGAAUAUGUCUAGUUUGUGUUUUCUAAGACUUUGGCUGCUUCUCGUUAGAGCGAGGCAGCCCCAGCCUCCCCCUUCACUUUCAUUAAUGUGUUUAUUUUGUGGAUCUGAAACAUCUGGAUCUAGUAGAACAAACGGUUUGGACAAGAGACAACUUUUAGUUCUUCAGAGAUUCUCUGGUACCUGAUAACUGAGCAAACAAAGCAACAACACAACAACAUGGGUCCGAUCCAGCUGAGGCUGCUCUAAUGUCAGCCUCCUGCAAAAGGUGCCAACCACUUUAUGUCAUCGCUAAACGUUCAAGUUAUUCACCGGAUCUGACCAAACGUUGUGGCCAGCAGGAAAAACAUAAUUAGUUGUUUCAGUGAGACUCUGGUACUUUCAGCUUCAGGGUUUCUCAAGCUGUCAUGAUCUGGUUCUGUUACGAUACUUUCUUGAUCCGGUUCUGAAGAUCAGCUGGCUUUCUUUCUUUCUUUCUGUUCCCCGACUACCAGCCGUGUUGUUUCACAUUUAUGUAUGUUUUCUGCUCUCUGAACUUCCCACCAUGCUGUUUUUAUGAUAAAGUAUUUUCUUAUCUUGAGAAAAUGUUUUACUUCAUCCGCUGAACCUCGUGUCCAAUUUCUGAGAAUCCAGACCUGAACGUUGAAGCAGCAUAACAGCUAGCUUGUUUUUAGAUGUGCUAAUAGAAACCAGGAACAAGUUUUAUCUUAAAUUCUCCCCUAAAUGUUUAUCCUGACGUUUUAAAAACCGUCUCUUUAACGUCCUCAGGCGGUUUGAAUGUUUGAAUGUUGACGUUCUCGGCCCUCAUGUCCGUCGCUGUGGUUUGUAUCGUGUGUUUUUAUGCCGGUUUGUCUGAUUUUUAGUCUGAAGCUGUAGCGUAAGCGUGGGAGGUGGCGCACUUUUUAAAAUAAAAUGCUGACGUUUUUUACACA